AUGACAAGUGACGAUGAACGAAUACUGGACAAAGGGGAAGGUGACCGGAUCACUACUCAAAAUAUCUCAUCAAAUUUGACGAACUUAUUCAAAAAAGCGGUAAACAAUUCUACGUCCGCAUCAUCGGAACAAGUUGAAGCAUUGGAUAGCCUGAUCGAAAAGGCAAGUAGAAAUCCUUUGGAACAUCAUGCAAUCACCUUUACGACUCCAGAUGAUAUGAUUAGCAUGGCUGCUUUACGACGACCUUUUCCACCUUCACUCUCCUCAACUGGAUUUUCAUUUUUCACUUCCAUAAAGAUUGUACAAGAGAGCACGGUUCCGAACCCGAUUGAUAUUCUGCAUCUAUUCGACAGCGCUCAAAAGUCUUGCUCUGUUCGAUUGACGAUUGAACCGCAGACAAACCAUUUGAGCUAUUCAUCCGGCAUACGACAUCAAACACUGCAUUUCCCUUCCGGCGUUUUGCAGGUAGGGAGAUGGCAUCAUGUAUGCCUGAUACAUGAAAGGCCGGCAGGAGAUUCGCAUUCAGCUUCGGUGCAACUGUAUCUGGAUGGUAAGCUAGUCAAUGCAUAUAACAAUGUGCUGUGGCCUUCUGCUCCUCCACCUUCUAGUGUCGUACGAAUGACAAUCGGUGGUGGCCUACCUUCCAAACCGACAACGGACACGGUCGCUCCCAUGGUAUGGUCAAUAGGUCCAACGUAUAUGAUCGAUACCGCUUUGGACUCAGAAAUACCAUUUAUACUGGCAGAACUGUCAUCGAGUGGCUACGAUGGAAACUUUCAAGGCAAUCUAGGCCGUUUUCUCACUUACGCAACAAGCACAAAGGUAAAUUUACGUCUUGCCAGUGCGGCAGCUGAUGGAGAAUCAUCUUCAGAAGCAGCGGAAAUGAUUACCGGAUCUGCAAAGAAGAUAUUUCGGGAAGAUGCAUUUUAUUUCAUUUUGAGCGGAGGUGAAUCUACUUUGGCCGGUCAAAUGAUUCCCAAUCGAGCUUCUUCUUCCCGUGCCAGACAACCACAACCGUGGUCAUUUGCCAGCUUAAUCGGAAAUGCAUCUUUGGCCAAAUAUACGACCAUUGAAACAUCUACCUUUGCUGACAACGUGUGGCGCCUAGGCGGCUUCGCUCUUCUUUUUCGCAUCAUUGAGCAAAGUCAAGACUCGGAAUCACUUGAGAAGAGUCUCACUUUGUUCUUCACUGUGAUAAGCUCUUCUUGGCGUUUAUCGGAAGAGAUUGAAGUGGCUAGAGGGUAUGAAGUUUUGCAUUAUCUUAUCUCGCAAAAGAGACACUUGAUCAAUGUGCCUAUCUUGCACACCUUUUGCAAAGCGAUCGGUUGGGAGAGUGAUCCCAAAAAAGAUGACGAAUUGGUGGCUCUUGUCAACCCAUUUUUGUUCCGUGUAUGCAUGCUCGACUUUGGUUUAUGGGCAAGUGCAUCAUCUAUAGAAGUGCAAAUUGCUCAUUUGGAAGUUUUAAACACGCUCUUGAGAACAUCAAAGUAUCGAAGGUUCAAUGCUAAGCGGGUCGCCAAAAUGCAGAUCACACGAAAGCUGUUGUCAUUUUUGAGCGGAACCAAUGGUGGCGCAAACACAGAUUCUAGCUACAACAUACUCUCAACCUACACAUCUGAGCAACAGGCAAUGCUUGCGGUGGAAUACGUUUCGGCUUUACGAACAUUGCUCGUUGCCAACUUCAACGAUGCUGCAAUUCGCGCCAUUUCCAGCUUCUUGGCAAUUCAUUUAUGCAAGCCGAAAAGUGACAACUCUCAAUCUUCCUUCACUUACUUGAUCGCCUCUACCUCUUUUGAGAUGCUAGGCGAUUUGAUGUUGGGAAGACCGGCUUACCUGCGCAAAUUUGGAUCAUUGGUCAAUAUUCGAUGGUUGAGAAUGUUUGUAAGCUUGACGACAGACCCGCGUGCCAGUAGAAGAGCGUUGGAUGUCAUGGGAGGUUUGGUUACGCACGAUCCUCGUUAUGCCGAACAGAAACAGCGAAUCAAAGAUGAUGCACAACCUGCAACGCCCACUGCUGCCAGAAGAGCUAAACUUUGGUAUGAAAGUAUCCGAACAGCUGAAGAGAGCCGUAACGUUCGAGUAAAAAUGGACGCUAGAGAAGCAAUGUCGAUCGCUGCAAGACAAUGGCAGGCACAAAUGGUUCCCGAGCUGUACCGAGAACGUGGUUGUUUGGAGGAAGUUUCGACUACAGAUCGUACUUUUGAGUUAGAUCCUACCGAAGGACCUCUACGUAUGCGAGCAAAGCUUAAAGAAUGGCGUGAACCAUGGGAUGAUGUGCUUUCCGCAAAGAAGCAAGAAGAUCAUCUUCCAGCUGAUUUCAAAAGUAUGCACAUUGACGAAGGAAGCGGUAUGGUAGCAGAUGAAGAUGAAACAGAAGCCGAAGGCAUUCCAACACCCGUGCCUGCAACACACUCUCAACCCCCAACACCAAUGGGCGAUGCUUCCAUGCAAGGGGAGAAUGGCGAAGCCAACACUAGCAUGGAUGCAAGUGUAUCCCUAGAGUCGUUCUCGGGAGAUACUUCACUUGCUCAUGAUGAAAAGUAUCGAAGAAUCAUUCGUUCGCUUGAACGUGGUGACGUGAUCGAAGGAGUAGAGAAUUCUUUGCGAGUCGUAUUUAUCGAAUGUCGUGCCUCUUUGCUCAUUUUUGGCAGGAAAUGCUUCUAUGUGAUCGAUGACUACUUCCAACGUCCAGAUGGAGAGUUAUGCAAUGUAUGGGAAGCACCCGAAGAAGAACGCGAUACAAUUGUUAUGUCCACUUUGGGUAAUGGCACAAAUGGUACUCACAGCAAAGGAAGCAGUUCCACCGAAAAGGAUGGUUCCACAAACACUAGAGAAGGAGGGACAGCUGUUGCGGCAAUGACGCUUGUCCAACAGCUGGAAGGAGACAGACAGCAAACCCGCCGAUGGAGAUGGUCAGAUUUGGACUUGAUCACAAUCAAGACAUUCUUGCAUAGAAAGACGGCAAUCGAGAUCGCUUUCCGCGAUGGUCAAACUUGCCUUUUGGUGUUAGCAAGCACGUCUCAAGCCAAUGCGGUGUAUGAGACACUCUCUUCGAGGAAUCGUGCAGCCGCACAAGCAUUCAAGAAUCUGACUAGCGGUAUCAGCCCACAACUUGAACAAGCAAAUGGUGGUGUGGGAUUGGCUAGAUUCAAGAGUGCUGUUCUACAGCGUGGCUCUGGUCAUGCCUUUGGAUCGAUCACUCAACGAUGGACGGAAGGAAAAAUGUCAAACUUUGAGUACUUGAUGUGUCUCAAUACAGCCUCAGGAAGGACGUAUCAAGACAUUACACAGUAUCCCAUAAUGCCAUUCAUCUUACGUGACUAUGCAAGUGAAACACUCGAUCUAUCUAAUCCAGAGUCUUUCCGAGAUUUGUCACUGCCCAUGGGUGCACAACAGAUCAACAGACGUAAACAAUUCCAGGAACGGUAUGAACAGCUAGAUGAAAUGUAUCAGAUGGAAGGAGGAUCUGGUGGAACAAUGCCCGCUCCUUUUCACUAUGGUACACAUUAUAGUACAGCUGCAACUGUCAGCGGCUUUUUGAUCAGAUUGAGACCGUUUGAUAAGAUCGUAAAGGCUUUGCAAGGUGGGACAUUCGAUUUAGCGGAUCGUACGUUUGGCUCGAUUGGUCAUGCAUAUCAUUCUGCUGCGGAGGGCUCGCUGGGAGAUGUUCGAGAGCUGAUUCCGGAAGCCUUCUAUUUACCGGACUUCCUAGUGAAUGCAAACAAGUUCGACUUCGGUCAAAUGCAAAGCGGUGCUGUUGUAAAUGAUGUUGAACUUCCGCCAUGGGCACAGAAUGAUCCGCUUCUGUUCAUCAAACUACAUCGAGAGGCAUUAGAGAGCGAUUUCGUCUCUCAAAGGUUGCACUUGUGGAUCGAUCUAAUCUUUGGAUAUAAGCAACGUGGACAAGCAGCAGUAGAUGCUACAAAUUGCUUCCACGAGCUCUCAUAUCAGGAUGGGUCGGUGGAUAUCCACACUAUAGAAUCCCCCUUGGAGCGACAAGCGGUAUUGAAAACCAUCCAUAUGUUUGGCGUUUGCCCGCGUCAGCUCUUCAAGGAACCCCAUCCACCACGACAAGCUCCUGCAAAACCUGAACUGAAAUUAUCCGUUCCAUGUACGCCUUGGCUAUUGACACAAAGCGCGGCUCCAAUUCGUAUGAUGAAACAAUCUGCUGUUCAUUUCCUCUACCUUCCCGCACCUGGCAGUGGAAAUGGAGAUAUUGCAAAGACGUUUGGAUCUCCUAAGGAGUACCUCAUCCUUCUGCAAGCAUCUAUGUCGCUAUCCUUUGGACAUGCUGAUGGAAGUAUACGCUUCUAUGCCAGAGAUAACAAGGAUGAAGUUAAAGGAGUUGCAGAACAGGUACUACCGGAGCAGAUCACUUGUGUGGUCGAUGCAAGUCUGUCAUCCACAUCUACCAAGCAGAAGCAAGUGCGAAUUUUGAUUGGUGGAUCAGAGGGAGCAUUGACUGCAUGUGAAAUUGAUCCUACCUCAUACGAGAUGAACACCGUCAAGGCGUACAGAGGUGGUCAUACAGACGCAAUUCUAUGUUUGGAUCAUUGCGCCGCUUGGAGUUUGACCGUGAGCGGAUCGCAAGAUGGAACUGCAAUUGUUUGGGAUCAUCUCGGGGCUUAUGUGCGAUCGCUCCCGCAUGAUGAACCAGUACAAUGUGUUACAAUUUCACGCUCUAGUGGUCUUAUCGCAACUGCUUCAGGUUUGACGCUGAAGUUGUGGUCCAUCAAUGGUGACUUUAUCGCAUCUAUUGAGACAAGCAAUGAUUUGGAUGAUAAAGUGACAUGCUUGACAAUCUACGAAGGCGCAAACGUAGAAGGCGGCAAUAGCGAAUCAACGAUGAUGUCUUGCGAUGAUGAUCAACAAAGUUUAUGUAUGAUCUUUACAGGACAUCGCGGUAAGCUGAUCGGAUGGAGAUGCGUUUCCGAUCAUGAACGGAAAGCGGAAGCUCAAAAGAGACAAUCUGUUGCUUCUAUUUCCGCUUUCAACAGCACUGGAUGGCGUCUGGAACCUUUCCACGUAUCCGAACAUCGUGAUCGAGUCAUGCCUGGCUCAUCACCACGAAUUGGCGCACAAGCAUUGAUUACUGCAUUGCGAUUUUAUGGAGAUACUCUUUUAUCCGGAGAUGAACUAGGGCGGGUGUAUGCUUGGACGUUACCCGGUAAAUCAGUCGAUGUCACUUUGACAUCAACGAAUAUGUGCAUGCAAUGUGCACGCAAGCUGGGACUGUUUGAGAAGAGGAAUCACUGUAACGCAUGUGGUCAAUUGUGCUGCCUGACUUGCUUGUUCAGCUUGGCAGGCUCUCCGUUUGGAUCUUAUAAGUAUUGUGCAGAUUGUAGAGAUCAUUUGAGCUUGUUGGUUUCGAAAUCUCCAUCACUACAUUAG